AUGGAUCAUAUGGAGGAUUGGUGGUUAAUGGUCGUUUAUGCUAGCCCUAAUGAUAAUUGUAAGAAGUUGCUUUGGGAGGAGUUGAAGACUUUAUCAAGGAACUUAAUUGGUGGUUGGAUGGUUGCUGGUGAUUUUAACGAUAUUGAUGCGGUUCAAGAUAAGAAAGGUGGUUUGCCCGCUUCUAUACUCAGAUGUCAAAAGUGGAAAUUUGAAUCAUUUGAUCAAGUUAUUAGAAAGAAGAAGAGUUUGAUGAGACGUCUAGAAGGUGUGCAAGUUAAGCUUCAGUGUAAGGAUAAUUAUGGUGGCAUGAGGAAACUUGAGAAACAGCUGCAGAAGGAAUUAAGCGAUAUUUUGAGUAAAGAAGAAAUGAUGUGGUUUCAGCAUUCUCGAACAAUGUGGUUAGCCAACGUUGAUCGUAACACUAAAUAUUAUCAUAUGAAAACCUUAAAUAGUAGAAGAAGGAAUAAAAUUGUGACACCUAAAAAACAAUUUUCAUGUCCUCAUAGUUGGUGUAGCUGGAGUCAAACACCUAUCACAUUCCCUAAGCUCACUGAUGAGAACUUGCAAUCUCUAAAGGAAGACAUUAGCGUAAUGGAAGUUAAACAAGCUCUUUUCUCCAUGAAGCCAUGGAAAGCUCCUGGUCCUGAUGGCUUUCCUCCGGGGUUUUAUCAAAAGUCCUGGAAAACUUUAGGCUCAUAUUUGAUUCGUUUUGUUCGAGAAGUUUGGAAGAAUCCUAGUAUGAUGUUGGAGUUUAAUAAAACGGAUAUUUGUCUUAUUCCUAAAGUUUAG